AUGUCCUCCGCCGCUGUUGCAUCUCAGUCAAAGGCCAAAGCCAAUCCCUCAAAAUCGAAGAGACCAGCAGCCGCAGCCUCUGGUGGUGCCAAGAAACCCAGAGCCCACCCUACUUAUCAUGAGAUGGUUAAGGAGGCUAUUGUGGCUUUGAAGGAGAGGACUGGAUCGAGCCAGAUCGCGAUUGCUAAGUUUAUUGAAGAGAAGCAGAAAUCUAACCUCCCUGCAAAUUUCAAGAAAUUGUUGCUUGUUCAAUUGAAGAAACUUGUUGCUGGUGGCAAGCUUGUUAAGGUCAAGAACUCCUUCAAGCUCCCUCCUAAGUCUUCUAAUACUGAUGCUACUGCUGUUAAGAAAGCCGCUACAGCGAAGCUUAAGGCUCAGUCUAAGCCGAAGAGUACAUCAGUGAAGAGCAAGGUUGUGGCUAAGCCGAAGAAGGCGGCGAAGACUGAGGCUGUUAAGUCCCAGGCGAAGAAGGCCGUUGUCGCGGCUAAGAAGAAGACUCCGGUGAAGAAGGUUGUUAAGAAGCCCAAGAGUAUUAAGUCACCGGUGAAGAAGGCAGCUAAGAAGGCUAAGAAGUGA